CCCCGCCCCUCGGCGGCUCCAGGUGCGGCGGUGGGACCUCGGGGCCGAGGCAGGGGCCAGGGCCAGGGCCCAGGCGGCGGCCGUGGCGCCAUGGCCGAGUCCCAGGUGAGCUGCCUGGACGAGGCGCACGUGAACGAGAAGGUGACCGAGGUGCAGGCCGCCUUCUACUACUGCGAGCGGCGGCGGGCCGCACUGGAGGCGCUGCUGGGCGGCGGGGAGCAGGCCUACUGCGAGCGGGUCAAGAAGGAGAGGCUGCGGGACUUUCUCUCCAGCCAGGAGCGCCAGGCCCUCCGCGCCGCCUGGAGCCCCUACGAGGACGUCGCUGCGGCUCCCCGAGGCAAGAACAAGACCAAGGCCAAGGCCCCAGCCCACGGCCCCGCAGAGCCCGGCGAGUCCCUGGCCUACUGGCCAGACCGCUCAGACACCGAGGUGCCCCCGCUGGACCUAGGCUGGACGGACACCGGCUUCUACCGCGGUGUGAGCCGCGUCACCCUCUUCACCCACCCCCCCAAAGACGAGAAGGCCCCGCACUUGAAGCAGGUGGUCAGGCAGAUGAUCCAACAGGCCCAGAAGGUCAUUGCUGUGGUCAUGGACCUUUUCACUGAUGGUGAUAUUUUCCAAGACAUUGUGGAUGCUGCCUGUAAGCGCCGGGUCCCAGUGUACAUCAUCCUGGAUGAGGCAGGAGUAAAGUACUUCCUGGAGAUGUGUCAGGGCCUGGAGCUUGCUGACUUCCGUAUCCGGAACAUUCGUGUCCGCUCUGUAACAGGCAUCGGCUUCUACAUGCCUAUGGGGAAGAUCAAGGGGACCCUGUCAUCAAGGUUCCUGAUGGUAGAUGGUGACAAAGUAGCCACCGGAUCUUAUAGGUUCACCUGGAGUUCCUCAUAUGUGGACAGGAACCUUCUCCUCCUCCUGACAGGGCAGAACGUGGAGCCCUUCGAUGUGGAGUUCCGGGAGCUGUAUGCCAUCUCAGAGGAAGUGAACUUGUACCAGCAGCUGGGCCUGGCAGGAGGCGCAGGCAGACUUGGCCUCAACUCCACUGUGGCUCGCAAACUUAUCAACCCCAAGUAUGCCUUGGUAGCAGGCAGCCGCCCCCCACCAGGAGAGAUGAUGCGCUGGGCUGCCCGGCAACAGCAGGAGGCUGCUGGCAACCCUGAGGGGGAAGAAGAGGGCAGUGGGGGUGGCGCGUUGGCCCGACGCCUGGAGAACUUCCUGAAUGACCUGGUCACAGUGGAGCAGGUGUUGCCCAUGGUGGAGCCCAUUCCCUUGAGAGAGCUGAGCCAGAAAGACGGCAGGAUGGUCUCUCACAUGCACAUAGACCUGAGGCCCAAAUCCCGAGAUGCACUCUCCCAAAAUGGCAAGGGAGAAGCUGCCAACGGGGAGGCCACCCCAGCUAGGGAUAGCAGGCGCUUUGGCAGCAGGUUGUUCAGCCGACGGGUCAAGCGGCCUGUAGCACCCAACAACAUGGCCAGCUCCCUGUCCACCGAGACCUUUGCUGAUGUCGAGCAUCUCAUGGGGAAGAGGCCCAACGAGGAUUCCAGUGCCAACAUCUCAGGUAAAACAACUCCCAGUUCUACCAAGCCCAGCAAUUGUGUAAUUUCCUGAACCGCAGGAGAGUGGUGGGCAGGCCCCACCUGGUGCUGUGCAGAGCACAGGCCACACCCUGAACCACCCCGCUGGGCCUCCUGCCCUGCAGUCUCCAUCUGACCUCAGGUCCUGAAUUCCAGAUGAGAGGAUUCAAAGCAUCUCAAGACCAUUAUGGGCCUUCACCAGACUGUGGUGGCCUGGCAAGGGUCA